AUGGUUAACGAUCCUGUAUCUGAUACACAUGAUCCUUUACUUGAAAGUCUAGAAGAGGAAAUUAAUCAGCCGUCUCGAUGUAAACGAAAUCAAAUUAUUAUUAUUGGAUUAUGUUCAAUAGUACUUUUAUCAUUGUUCACUUUAACUUUGGUAUUUGUAGCAACACGAAUUCAACACACAUCAUCAGUUACUAUCAAUACAACUAUGACAAAACCAACAACAACAAAACAGCAAGUAUCAGGAAUUUGCGUUGGAGUCAGUUGGAAUCCAAUUGGAGACAUAUUGCUUAAAUCCGAUUAUGUAUCAAGUUUUGCUGUCGAUAAUGAUUUUAAUAUAUAUAUUAGCAAUUCACAUUUGAAUACUUUGCAAAAAUGGCCUCCAGGUGCUAGUGAACCGAUCAAUUUGUUCAAUGGUCACUUUCCAGCUACUCCUUUAUUUUAUCAUUCAUUAACCGAUUCACUUUACUUUUUUUAUAUCUUUAACGAUACUCAAGGUGUAUAUAAACUCGUCAAUGGAAGUUCAACACCAAUAACUGUAUUUAGGUCUAACGGAAAAGGUUGGAAUUUAGAUCAACUUGAUACCAAUUGUAUAGGAUUAUAUGUAAACUCCGUAGGUGAUGUAUUUGUAUUAGAUGGAGGUCGUCAUCGUAUUGUCAAAUGGAAAGCUGAUGGUUCAUCACAAAUACUUAUUGGUGGUCGACAAAAAGAGGAGUAUAUUUCCGACCCGUUUCCGUUUCCGCAAGGAUUCAAUGUAGAUGAAAUGAAUGAUUUCGCAUACGUUAUAACGGGUGCUUCUGGUCAUCCCACAAAAAGAUUUUCAAGCGGAUCUCUAUACGGAGUAACUGUUUUAGGUGGUGGUCCAAGUAAAGUUCUUUCUGAUGCACCUGGAGAUUAUAUUGAGCCUCAAGCCAUACUUGUGGAUAAAAUGGGUAAUAUUUUGAUUGCUGAAAACGCUAAAGUUACUCGAUGGACACUGGAUGCUAAAUACAUUGGCAUUGCUGUUGGAGGAAUUUUAGGUGGUGGUGCAACAAGUAUCUCCUUCCCAGAUCGAUUAGCAUUUGAUCGAUUAGAAAACUUUGGCAUCAUGGCAAUAAUAGUCAUUCGUUACAAAACAUACAAUGAAGAUAAAUUAGCUCAGACAUUUUCGACUCAAUUACGAUCUGGUUCAACUUAUCGAAAAUCCAAAUCACCUGAAAGUCUUGGUCAAAUGAAAAUUUACAUUCGUAAACCGACUCGAGAUGGUAAACGAGGACGAUUUCAGAAAUUACGUUUUCCUGUAGCACGUUAUAGUCGCCGAGAGUUUCCAUUUAAUGGUCCAUUCUUAAGUUUUACUCCUUGGAUUCCAAUAUUUGCCGAUCGAUUAACUCGACAAACAAUUAUAUUUUCACCGACAGGAGGCAUCUACAUUUUACCUCCAUUGAUUAACUUUUAUGGCAAAAUGUUUUCGGUUGCGGAACUUAUUGCAUUCGGGUAUGCUAGUCUGGUUAGUGGUGGUACUCAAUCAAUGAAUUCCAUUAAUAUGUUAUCUUAUUUUCAACCAACACGAUUGUAUGGUACCGGUAUACCGAGAAUCAACUCAUUGACAGGUGGUUUUGUGGGUGGUAUUCGAACAGACUAUGACGCCUUCAUUAUUCCAAAAUAUCCAAGAACGCAGACUGUUAAAGAUAUUCCACAAGAAACAGAAGAGGACGAUGAUGAUGAUUAUUCAGCGCCAUCAUAUUCGCAAAAUGAUUACAAAAGAUCACGAUCACGACAACGCUAUCGAAAACGACCAUAUCGACGACUUCAUCGUCCAAGUAUCUCAAACGAAACUGCUCAAUCGUAUCCUGCUGUUUUAUAUAUUUGGUCGGGACAAAAUUCUUCGGUAGAAAAUACAGCUGAUUUUAUUGCAGUCAUUGAUUUUGAUGAAGAUUCGACUUCUUAUGGGCGUAUCUUAAAGAUUGUACCUCUCGUAUCAGACAAUGCCAAGAAAGUUGGACAAACAGGAAAUGAACCACAUCAUGCUAGUUUGUCUUCGGAUGGUCGUUAUUAUAUUAGCGGUGGUCUGCUUAGUUUUCUUUCGAACCAAGCGGAAGUAUUUGUUUGGGAAGUUCCUAAAAAUCCCAUGGAUGGUCCUAAAUUUCUAUAUGCACUUGAUGUGCCAGCUGCAUGUCCAGACGAAUUUCAACCAAUUGAUGACGGAAAAUUUCUCUUGAGUAUGAUGUGUAAUGAGAAUGCUACUAGUCCAGGAGAUAUAGUAAUUAUUGAUGUUAAAACUCGUUCGGCAAAAUCCUUUUUAAAAGAUGCUUCGUCAUUGAUAGAUUUUAAUCCACAUGGAUAUGGUAUCAUUAACGACAAGUCUGUCUUCGCAGGAGAUUAUAUCGAUCCAAUUAGUCUCACUGGCACAGAUCCUGCAAAUAUUAUUUUUCGAAAUACUUUACGAUAUUUCAGUUCAGAUGGAACAUUAAAACGUACUUAUCAAAUACCUUUCCCGACGGAACCAGAUGCAUUUAGUGGUAUUGGACAAGGAGAUGGAUUCAUGGAAUUAAAAGCUAUACCAAAUGAUCCUUUCGGACGUUCAUAUGCAGCGGGCACCAAUAUUAAUAAUUUGUAUUUAUUAGGACCAAACAUGUCCGAAGCUUUGUUUAUUAUGGAUGUUUCUCAAGUAAAUAAUUAUCAAAAAAGAAUUAGUGCAUACAAAGCACUUGAUCAUGUUCAAAUUCAAGUUCCUGAUUCAGAUGAAGUUUCAACUUUUCCUCAAUUCUGUGCUAAAAAUAAUAAUCGUACCGGUGCCCAUAUAAUUCAUCAUCCGAAGGGAGAAAAUCGAUUCAUUGUUGUAAAUUAUUUUCUCCACUUUGGAUUAGCACAAUUUAGUGGUACAAGAACUGUACAUGCAUUCAAGUUAAACAAAGAUUUAACGAAGUUUGAAUAUGAUCAUAAGUUUAAUCCUAACUUUCAAUUUAAAGAUUCAGAACAACGUUUAACAUUCCAUUCACUUCAUGCAUUUCCUCAUCAUGCUCAAUAUAUUCGAUUAGAGAAAUAG